CUCUGCUCUACAAGAAAUAAUCGAAAUGAAGCACCCCAGCCACACGCAUCCACUCAUCCUAAAUGAGUAUUACAUUGCCAAGGAGGGCGAUGUAUGUUGUGGCUGCAACGAAGAAAUAGUUUCGUGUAAAUCAUUUGUUUAUAGUUGCAGCGACAUGUCCUAUAGCCCUGCUUUUGGCGCAUAUGAUAUUAUAGAGUCAAUUACAUUCGUAUCCUGUGAUAAAUUCUUUCUCCACAAGAGUUGUGCAGAAUUACCCCCACACAUCCAAAACUCAAACAACCCGAAAGACUUCCCUAAGCUCCGUUUCCAGCACUUCUUUGAUGAUUUAUGUGACUAUUUUACGCUUAGCCUCCCCCCUUUUCGUUGUAGCAUAUGUAGCAUCCCAUUACUAUGGAAUGUGAAACAAUUCUUCUAUUACAGUUUUGAUACUCAUGUACGUGUUUGCAUCAAAUGCGCAAUGUUUCAAGUUGAGUCGUCACAAGACACCGAAUUAAUUAGGCAUGCAGCUCACAGCCAACACCUAUUAGCCUUAAUCCAGCGUCCCUCCUCAUUCAAAUGUAAUGCUUGUACCUUGGAGUAUAAUGUUAGGGACGCGUCUUAUAAAUGCACAGAGUGUCCGUUCUGGAUGCACAAAACUUGCGCUGAUGCUCCUGCCUCUCUUCUUCUUGAAUUUCACAAUAAACACCCUCUUACCCUCUCAUAUUUUCUUCCACAAGUCUAUCACAAAUUUAUUCAGUAUUGCAGUCUCUGCAACAAAACUUUCAGUCGAUUAGAUUGGCUUUACUGCUGUCCUGGAUGCAGAUUACUUGUGCAUUUUCGAUGUGCUAGAUCAAGUCGAAUAUUCAGCUGUAGUGAAAUUGAAAUAUAUGAUUCCGACUUGGUGCACCUCCCAGCAGCCGACGAAUCAUCUGUAGAUAGAUUAGGGGAACAAUUCAUCAAGGCAGUGACUAGUGUAAACAGUACUAAAACCAUCAUCAGCAAAACAGAAUGUGUUAGACAUCAGGCUCAUAAGGAACAUCAUCUACAAUUAACUACUAUUAGUGAUGAUAACGAAAUAGUAUUGCUAUGUGAUUGCUGUGUCAAGCCCAUCCGAACUGAUAACGAUGAAUUCUAUGCUUGUGUUCCUUGUAAUUACUUUCUGCAUAAAGUCUGUGCUGAGUUUCCUUGCAUGAUUGAGCACCACCUUAUGGGAGGUACUACACUUUCUGUAGAAAAUUUCAGUGCAUUAGUAUUCGAUUUAUAUGAGUGUGAUGCUUGUAAAUGUUUAUUCAAUUGUAUAUUCUUUACCUGUCAUCAUGAGACAUCUGUCCUUCUUCAUUUUGGAUGCGGAAUAAUACCCAAAAGUUUGAAACAUGAAGCUCACCGUCACCAACUGACUCUGGUUUUCUCAAUGAAAAAUGCUUGCAAAGCAUGUGGAGAAGUAUUUCUUGUUAAAUUCAAGCACGGGUGUGUAGAAUGCGAUUAUUAUUUAUGUGGACGAUGUAUAAUGAAGGCAAGAACAGCAAAACACCCCUGGGAUCCUCACCCCCUGCACUAGAUAUAUGAACCUGGCAUGGUCAUGGACCAUGAACACGACUUCAAUUGCGAGUUCUGCUCUGAAGAUAUAGACCCGAACUUUUGGUUCUAUCAUUGCAGUGCCUGUGAUCUUUCGUUUCAUCUUAAAGACUGUUUUGAAAGAUCACGUUAUAACAUCUACUCAAACGUCAAGUUUGGGGCAACUAAUAUCAAUGUUCCCGGACUCCAUCCUCACACUCUCAGAUUUGUUUUGAACAAGAAGGUUCAUCGUUGCAAAAACUGUCACGAAAAUCAACUCGGUGAGCCAGUGCUUGAAUGUGUUGCGCCAUGCAAAGCUGUAUUCUGUAGGAUCUGUAGCCUCCAAUCCCUUUAAUAAAAUAGCUGCUUAGCUACUUUGUUCUGCUAUUUGCAUUCCCCUUGGAGAUAAUAAUUGAAGGUUGUGUAAUAAUAUAGUGGUGAUUAUACUAUUCCUUGAU